UAAUAGUACUAACAAUUCAGGAUGAAUCUUGUCAAAAGUUUUUCUGGAAGUGUAGGUCUUUGAUUGUGUGUUUCCUGAAAGCAAGACCAAUCAUUUCCGUUUAUUCACUGGCUAAACCCCUACUUGAUUGGGGACAAGGACAGAAACCAUCCAUUACGAUCUGAUAUAUUAUCCAAACAAUUUAGUGUAUUCAUGAGGUAACCGAAACGUGGGGGCUGCGAAAUUACCCGUAAUCAGUUGCAACAGCGAGUGUGCGUCCCCCCGGGUGUCGGACAGCCACAGCUCGCCGUCUCAGUAACAGGCGGGAGCCGCAGCAUUUCGGAGUUGCGCUGUUUGCUACCUGAUCGCCAGGCUGGGGACACUGGACGUGCUCAGAGGACGCGGGCGCUGACGAGGCGGCCUCGCCGCGGCUCCACCGGGAUCCUGGACCAGACCGGCCGCCUCCCCGCGAGCGCGCCACUCUCCCGUCGCCGCUGACCUGCCCGCCGCCGCCGCUCCGCGGGGACGAUCGUUCUCGCCGCUCGCCAGGCCGGGCGGAGGGGCUGCGCUGCAGGGGUUUUGUCCCCCUUUGCCUUUUUUUUUUUCCUCCUUUUUUUCUUUUUCUUUUUUUUUUUCUUUCUCUUUUUGUUCUUGCCUAUGUUCGGGAAACCAGACAAAAUGGACGUUCGAUGCCACUCGGACGCAGAGGCUGCCCGGGUCUCGAAGAACGCGCACAAGGAGAGCCGGGAGAGCAAGGGUGCGGAGGGGAACCUCCCAGCCGCCUUUCUCAAGGAGCCGCAGGGCGCCUUCUCGGCGUCGGGCGCUGCGGAAGAUUGUAACAAAAGUAAAUCCAAUUCCGCAGCCGACCCGGAUUACUGCCGCCGGAUCCUGGUCCGAGAUGCCAAAGGGUCCAUCCGAGAGAUCAUCCUGCCCAAGGGCCUGGACCUGGAUCGGCCCAAGAGGACGCGCACGUCCUUCACUGCGGAGCAGCUCUACCGGCUGGAGAUGGAGUUCCAGCGCUGCCAGUACGUGGUGGGCCGCGAGAGGACCGAGCUCGCCCGGCAGCUCAACCUCUCGGAGACCCAGGUGAAGGUCUGGUUCCAGAACCGGCGCACCAAGCAGAAGAAGGACCAGGGCAAGGACUCGGAGCUGCGUUCGGUGGUGUCGGAGACCGCGGCCACGUGCAGUGUGCUACGGCUGCUGGAGCAGGGCCGUCUGCUGUCGCCACCCGGCCUGCCCGCCCUGCUGCCGCCUUGCGCCACCGGCGCUCUCGGCUCGGCGCUGCGCGGGCCCAGCUUGCCCGCCCUGGGAGCGGGCGCCGCUGCGGGCUCCGCCGCCGCCGCUGCCGCCGCCCCGGGCGCCGCGGGCGCCACGUCCCCGCACCCGCCGGCUGUGGGCGGCGCUCCAGGCCCUGGGCCCGCUGGGCCGGGGGGACUGCACGCAGGCGCGCCUACUGCCGGCCACGGCCUCUUCAGCCUGCCGGUGCCCUCGCUGCUCGGCUCUGUCGCCAGCCGCCUGUCCUCCGCCCCGUUGACAAUGGCUGGUUCGCUAGCUGGAAAUUUGCAAGAACUCUCCGCCCGAUACCUGAGCUCCUCGGCCUUCGAGCCUUACUCCCGGACCAACAAUAAAGAAGGGGCCGAGAAAAAAACGCUGGACUGAUUUUAAGUGUUUCCCUGUAUUUAUAUUUAUAGUAUCUAUUGUGGUGAUAUUUAUGGACUCACGCGCGUUAGGUGCCCAGGGCUCCUGUGCUGGGCUCCUGGCUUCCACCAGGCCUUUGACAGCUCUCCUUUCCCAACAGGCUCUGCUGCCAAUUUCAUCUGGGCUAAUUUCUUUUCUACCUUUCCUCCGUAUUCCCCUGCCCCCGCCCUCAAACUUCCUUCUGAAUCCAGGAGAGAUCCAAAGAAUUGGGGGAAAUGCCCGAGUUAGCCAACCUGAUGCUCCAACCAAUGCCCAGCCCUGGAGGGAAAAGACUGGUGUUUUCUAAGUCUAAAGCGCAGGACACCUGCUCUAGAUCGGUCCGCUGCUGCCGCUGCUGCUGAUUCCCAUGAAUAUUUGAAAGAGGAAAGCUGCACGCAGACCCCAGGCGCUGAAAACCUUGCAGAUUUCUUUAGACCAAAAAGGAGGACGUUCCUUCCUCUUGCCUGAGAAACCAGGGCCUGUGGGAGCCCCAGGGCCCCACUUUGCGGACCUCUCGGGAUAGUUGGUGCGCAUACAGCUUCCCGGCCGGACAUACCCUGCCGAGUUUUCUCCCCUUUAGGGAAACUCCAGUUACAACCACCUCCAACCCCAGGGGACAAUAAACCAAACGUCAUGGCAGGUAAUGAUGGUAACAAAUUUUAUCUAAUCAGCAAUAAAGUAAGAGUAAUUACUACAUAAAACCAGAUGAAGUGGAACCCGUUUAUUUAAAUACUCGUAAUGAUGGAGUUUGGAAGGUGUAAGAAAAUUCAGGAUAGAGAAUAAGCCACAGGGCAGCGCAAAAUUCAAGUUCUGGGUAUUGUGACUUUAAACAGGAAUUUAAAAGAGGAAAAGCAAAGGGGAAAGCUAACCCUGCUAAAGAAAGAAAAUUCAGAAUCUUAUCUCCGAGCCUGUUCUCGGCGGUGGCCGACAGCUUUCCGCUCCCCCAGGAGAGAGCGCCGAGGCUCUCCGGCAGUCGCCCGGAGGCGGUGCUGCGCCCUGCGGGCUCCCAGACGCGUGGCUCCCCGCAGAACUGCUGAGUUUGGAAAACGAAUCAGCGCCCACCGCCUCCUCUCCCAAGCUCCUGGAUUCACAAAACCCUUCCAGCACGCAGGAAACGCCUGGAUUUCCGAGCAGUGCUUUGCGGAAGGGGAACUAGGGAAGCUGCGAGGCCGUCCUCUGAGCGUAGUCGCGGAGUCCAGAAAACUCCCAGUGUGAUUGAUAGGCCAGGCACCCCCCUUCCCGCCACCCAGUCCCGGGGUUUUAAUGGUCCCAAAUCAGAACCCGGACCGCGACGCCAGCUCGGCCUCACCCCUUACCCCGCGUAGCAACCACCGUCCCUACAGCCACGGCCACCCGCAUUUUAACCAAAAUCACACAUCCAGACCGCGAGGUGCCGCAGUGUCUAGAAUGUAUUCAUACAUCCGAAGAGAGCGGAAAAACAUUUUUUUAAAUAGUAAUUUUAUUGUAAAUUAUUUACGUCCGA